GUUACGUAUUGCUGAGAGGAGCCGCAUUAGACAAACCAGCUACUUUAUAUGCAAAUUAUAGAAACUUCCUCCUCAGAGUCUUGCAAAGAAGUUCUCGUUCUGGGGGGAGUCCCAGUGCGACAUUGGUCUUCUUGGCCUCGCUUUUCCUGUGUUCUUCCCCUUCUGAGCUGCAGUGGCUUUGGGGCUGGGUGCUGCUGAGCUGGCCCUCUAGCAGAGAAAGCACAUGCCUCCUUGCACAGACCCUCCAGGUAUCCUGUCAUCUAAUGUCAAAGCUUCUCGGGGUGAGAGAGCUAGCGUGGCUCCCCUUGUGCGCAGCAUGAAGGAAGAUCCUGACACAGUAGCUGAGCUCAGAGCAUUUCCUGCUGCAGGAGAAGUCUGAGUGUCACUACACCAACGGCAUGCAGCAGGUGAGGUAUCUGAAAAGACUGAUCUGGGGCCAGCAGGAGAUCUGUUACUAUGACAGUGACUUGGGCUUCUCGGUGGCCCGCACAGAACUGGGUCGGCCGAUCGCGGAGUAUUGGAACCGGCUGGAGUGGCUGAGCUACUUGUGGGCUUCAGUGGAGAAGUUCUGCAGUUAUAACUACAGGAGAUUUAAGAACAUCACUGAGGUUAAGCCCAGAGUGAAAAUUUCCACCCUAAAAGCAGAGUCUUCCCACCGCCCCAGCUUGCUGGUUUGCUCUGCAACAGGGUUUUAUCCUUCCGAGAUAGCGACCAAGUGGUUCAAAAAUGGGCAGGAGGAGACAGCUGGAGUUGUAUCCAGGGAGCUGCUACAUAAUGGAGACUGGACCUUCCAGAUCCAGGUGACGCUGGAAACAAAACCCAGGUGGGGAGAUGUCUACACCUGCCAAGUGGAGCACAUCAGUCUGCAAACACCCAUCACCAAGCAGUGGGUGGUACAGCCUGACUCUGCCAAGAGCAAGAUGUUCAUUGGAAUUGGGGGCUUUGUACUGGGGUUGAUCUUCAUGGUGCUGGGACUCCUCAUCUACCAGAAGAAUAAGAAAGGGUACCUGUGCUUGGACACUGCAGACUCUCAGGCUGCUGAGAGUGACAGGGGCAGCUCUACAAACCUACUGCUCUGUGCCUAAAUCCUUCCAAGUUCGGCGAAGGGACAUCUCUAAAUCUUCCCUUAAAUUUCUGCAUUCACACAUGUGCCAUUACUCUCUCCCUUCCCCUCGCUAGCUGUUCUUCGUGUGUUCUUGCUCAGGUCAAUACUGUGCUGCCUCUGGCAGAGGGAAUCACCACUUUCCCUCAAUCCUAGCAGGUUCCCCUCCUGCUGCCCCGCCCCAGAUUUAACGGCUCUGCAAUUAAAGAACAAAGUCUUGUAGAUCUGAGAUUGUCCCCCAGGGGCCGAUUUCAUGCAAGCUGUUGACUUGGGGUAUCUCCGGUGGAAGAGGAGGGAAGGAUCCAGCUGUCAUAUGGAGCUGAGGAUGGAUGUCCAGCUACUCCAAGUGCAGCACAUACCCAGAUAGAAAAGUGGGGAAUAAAUAAUAAUGUUUCUAACUAAUGCUUUGCACUUAGAGAAAUUUUAUCUAAGGGUCUGCAAGGAUUUUGAUAACUGAUAGUUAAUUAAAAGUUCUAAUUUAACCUGGGGUUAAUCCUUAAUUUCAUGUGUUUGGUAACUUUCUGAAACAGAUCUGAAGAAGUGAGGUUUUCUACCCACAAAAGCUUAUGCCCAAAUAAAUCUGUUAGUCUUUAAGGUGCCACCAGACUUCUUGUUGUUUUUGUGGAUACAUACUAACAUGGCUACCCCCUGAUACUUGAAACAGAUCUAUGAUUCUGUAUAUCAUGACACCCCACCCUUUGGCUAAUGGAGAUUGUACUGUACUCAGCUGAUGAGCAGAACAUGAAAACCUAUGUAGAACAACAAAUUAAAGAGAUAAAGCCUUCCCCGGGUAACUAACAACCCAUGAGAUUAUAAACAUGGAGAGAAUGUUUACACUCUAAUUUGCCUUUCACUGUCAUUGCUGGUUUGUUCUUGCUGCUCCUUUUACUCCUGGCAGCAGCCUCAGCCAGCAUAAACACUGAAACUAGGUUGCUCAGUCUCAGUUUCUGUCUCUAACUAGGUUCACUGUGUGGUUCUCAUGCACUAAUCUGCUGUUGUACUUGCCUUAGGGUUUUAUCCUGACACCCAUCAUAGAUUUCAUAGAAUUUUAUGCCAAAAAGGACCAUUAGUUCUUCCAAUAUGAUCUCCUGUAUACAUUUUAUAUAUAUCCCCCUAUAUUGAGCCCAAAGACUUUAGUUGGACCAAAGUAUUUCAGUCCCCAUGAGAAUAGACUAUUGUAUGCCUGUGACACGUUGGAUCACAGAAACCCCCUUGGGGACUGCCACCUGAUGUGCUGAGAC